UUGGUGUACACGUCAAGACCUCAUCAUGAUUUCCCUCCAAAAGUUUUACCGGACGACGACGGCGGAGAAGACGGCGGCGACAGCGAUGGGCACGGUGACAGCAACUUGGGUUUUGUUUUGUUGCUCUGUUUGCCUUGCCGCUAUGCUGUUAAAAUAAUAAUAAGAAUCACACACAACCCACUCGGUCUACUACUACUACUGCUACUACUUUUCUUUUCCCAACGCCCUACGCUCCUCUCUCUCUCUAACCUCGAGAUCUGGCCCUUCUCUCUCUAAUGGUGGUUGCUGUGUUCGUUGCCUAUCAGUUUUUUUAGGAUCUAAGAGAGAGAAAGCUCCUGAGAUUCAGAGGAGAAAUGGAGAUUUUGUUCUGAGAUGAUUGAAUAGGAAAUGGGGAAGAAGGGAGGCUGGUUUUCUGCUGUGAAGAAAGCAUUUGCUCCAGAAUCAAAGGAUAAGAAAGAUCAGAAAGCUAACAAAACAAAGAAAAGAUGGUUUGGGAAGCCAAAGAAAUUGGAGACAGUGGCAUCUGGGGAGCCAGCGCCAUUGGAAGUGUCUAUUCUACCUAUUGAGGAAGUGAAACUAGCUAAUGCAGAGAAUGAACAGAGCAAACAUGCUUACUCUGUUGCCAUUGCCACUGCAGUCGCUGCGGAGGUGGCGGUUGCAGCGGCUCAGGCCGCCGCCGAGGUCGUUAGACUCACCACCCGCCCUUGGUACUCCGGAAAAUCUAAGGAAGAAAUAGGAGCCAUCAAGAUCCAGACUGCAUUCCGCGGCUAUAUGGCUAGGAGGGCCCUGCGAGCAUUAAGAGGGUUGGUGAGGCUGAAGUCAUUGAUACAAGGCCAAUCUGUUAAAAGGCAAGCAACAUCCACAUUAAGAUGCAUGCAGACUCUUGCUCGAGUGCAGUCACAGAUUCGUGCUAGAAGACUUAGAUUGUCGGAGGAGAAUCAGGCUCUUCAGAGACAGCUCCAACAAAAACAUGAAAGAGAGCUCGAGAGAUUAACUGUUACUGCAAACAAUGAAUGGGAUGAUAGUACCAAAUCAAAGGAGCAAGUUGAAGCCAGAUUAGUUAACAGGCAAGAAGCAGCAACAAGAAGAGAAAGGGCGUUGGCUUAUGCUUACUCUCAUCAGAAGUUAUGGAAUAAUUCUUCAAAAUCUGCAAAUCCUACGUUCAUGGACCCCAACAAUCCCCACUGGGGAUGGAGUUGGUUAGAGCGAUGGAUGGCUGCUCGUCCAUGGGAGACCAAAAGCACCGUCGAUUACCACGAUCGUGGCUCUGUCAAGAGCGCGAUCAGCCAUGCCACGUCAAUUGGAGACAUCGCCAAAGCUUACGCCCGUCGAGAUUUCAAUCUCGACAUCAAGCCUUUUCCAAGGACUCCGACGAGCCAUAAUACGAGCCGUGCACCAAGUCGCCAAUCGCCGGCGACUCCGACGAAGGCGCAAUCGUCGCUAUCUGCAGGAAGAAAAUUGAAGUCAGCAAGUCCAAGAGGAUUAGGCUGGGGCGGAGACGACGAUUCCAGAAGCGGAUUGAGCGUCAAAUCGGAGCGGUUCCGGCGACGUAGCAUCGCCGGAUCAUCGGUGAGGGACGACGAAAGCUUCACUAGUUCGCCGUCCGUUCCAAGCUACAUGGCGUCCACAGAAGCAGCUAGGGCUAGGUCCCGCUUGUCGAGUCCGAUGGGAAUAGAGAAGACGACAGCAACUCCGGAGAAAGAACCGGUGAGUGGCGGCGCAAAGAAGCGGCUCUCAUUCACCGCCUCGACGGCGACGGUGAGGAGACACUCUGGUCCACCGAAAAUAGACGCUACUCCGAUCAAGAAUGUUGCAGCGACAGAGAGAGAUUUUACCGGCGAGAGCAGAUAGUUGAAGGAGAUGGAUUUGGUAGCGAUUUUAAAUCAUCGUUCUUUAAUUUUUUUUUUUUUUUUUGAAGGCAGGAAAAUGGUGAAUAAAAGCUGUUCAUGUAAAUGGAAUUGUGCUUUGUUUGGCUGCGGACUUCUUUUUUAUUUUUUUUAUUUUUAUUUUAUGUAUAUUUAAAUUGUCAGGCUAUUUUA